GCCAAGGGUUGCCCAACUAUAAAUUACGUCAUUCAACAUGUAAAACAGCUUUCACAACUCAGAAAAGGCGAUGCGAUUGCACCAUUAAUUGAUUCGACUCAUUUGGCAAUCCGACUGUAUACUCACGCACUCUCUCUCUCUCUCUCUCUCAGAAUCAGUCUGUAAAACACGAAGUUCAAUUUGCCAAAUUGAAGUUGCUGACUGCAUGACAGUGAUCUCUCUCGAAGGAAAUUGUCAGCGACCGAAUCAUGGCGUCGAUUCUGGCGAGUGGAACGCUGUCGUCGCCGCUGAGACUGCUGGAAGAGGACUCUGCAUCCGACGGUAAUCCGACUGACGCGGUGCUCUUCGUCGGGAUCAGCUUAGUGUUGGGGAUAGCGUGUAGGCACGCUCUCAGAGGGACGCGCGUGCCCUACACUGUCGCUUUGCUUGUUCUCGGCAUUGGACUUGGCGCCUUAGAACAUGGAACACACCAUGGGUUGGGAAAGAUUGGCAAUGGGAUCCGUCUUUGGGCUAAUAUUGAUCCUGAUCUUCUCUUGGCUGUGUUCCUUCCCGCACUUCUCUUUGAGAGUUCGUUUUCAAUGGAAGUGCACCAGAUAAAGAGGUGUAUGAUGCAAAUGUUUCUACUUGCUGUUCCUGGAGUUCUCAUUUCAACCUUUUGUCUUGGAGCUGCACUUAAGCUUGCUUUUCCAUAUAACUGGAGCUGGAAAACAUCAUUACUGCUUGGUGGUCUCCUCAGUGCUACUGAUCCUGUGGCUGUUGUAGCCCUCCUGAAAGAGCUGGGAGCUAGCAAAAAAUUGAGUACAAUAAUUGAAGGAGAGUCUUUGAUGAAUGACGGGACAGCAAUUGUAGUCUAUCAAUUGUUUUACCGGAUGGUUCUUGGCUGGAAUUUUAACUGGGGUGGCUUAGUCAAAUUUUUAUCACGAGUCUCUCUCGGAGCUGUGGCUAUGGGUCUUGCUUUUGGAAUAGCAUCCGUCUUGUGGCUGGGAUUUAUAUUCAAUGAUACUGUUAUUGAGAUUUCUCUCACACUUGCUGUGAGCUACCUAGCAUUUUUCACUGCUCAAGAAGGAUUUGAAAUUUCUGGAGUUUUGGCUGUCAUGACUCUGGGGAUGUUCUACUCUGCUGUGGCUCGCACUGCCUUUAAGGGGGAAAGUCAGCAAAGUUUACAUCACUUUUGGGAAAUGGUUUCUUAUAUCGCUAAUACUUUAAUCUUCAUUUUAAGUGGUGUAGUUAUAGCUGAGAGUGUUCUCAGCAGCGACAACAUAUUUAAAACCCACGAACAUUCUUGGGGUUAUCUGGUUCUUCUGUAUGUGUUUGUUCAAGUAGCCAGGGUGGUUGUAGUUGGAGUAUUGUUUCCAUUUCUGCAAUAUUUUGGUUAUGGUCUGGACUGGAGAGAAGCCACUGUUCUUGUCUGGUCUGGCCUGCGUGGGGCUGUAGCACUGUCAUUGUCACUCUCUGUUAAGCGUUCCAGUGACAGUUCACCAUUUAUCUCUCCUGAUACUGGAGAUUUGUUUGUCUUUUUGACUGGUGGAAUCGUGUUUCUUACGCUUAUUGUGAAUGGGUCCACUACACAGUUUGUUUUACAUUUCCUUAAGAUGGAUAAGCUUUCGCCAGCAAAGAGACGGAUAUUGAAUUACACAAAGUAUGAAAUGUUAAAGAAAGCACUAGACGCCUUUGGUGAUCUUGGGGAUGAUGAAGAACUAGGACCGGCUGACUGGCAUACUGUUAAAAGAUACAUAACGAGCCUAAAUGAUGUGGAUGGUGAACAAAUACACCCUCAUUCUCUAUCUGAAAAUGAUGCUAAUCCUGACCAUAUGAAUUUGAAAGAUAUUCGAGUCCGCUUCUUAAAUGGUGUUCAGGCAGCUUACUGGGUCAUGCUUGAUGAGGGAAGGAUUAACCAAACUACCGCGAAUCUUCUGAUGCGAUCUGUUGAUGAAGCGCUUGACCUUGUAUCUCAUGAAGCUUUGUGUGAUUGGAAAGGUCUAAAAUCUUAUGUGAAUAUCCCAAAUCACUAUAAGUUUUUCCAAUCAAGCAUUGUAUCUCAAAAGCUUGUUACAUACUUUACUGUUGAGAGAUUAGAGUCCGCUUGCUAUAUCUGUGCGGCCUUUCUUCGCGCCCACAGAAUUGCAAGAGAGCAACUACAUGAAUUUAUUGGUGACAGUGAGAUUGCAGCCAUGGUCAUUAGCGAAAGUGAGCAAGAGGGUGAGGAAGCAAGAGACUUUUUAGAAGAAGUUCGUGUUACGUUUCCUCAGGUGCUACGGGUUGUGAAAACAAGACAAGUUACAUAUUCAGUACUGAGUCAUUUGAUUGAAUAUGUUAAUAAUCUUGAGAAGAUAGGUUUACUAGAAGAAAAGGAGAUGAGCCACCUUCAUGAUGCUGUCCAGACUGACUUGAAAAAACUCCUAAGGAAUCCACCUUUGGUGAAAAUUCCCAAAAUAAAGGAUCUGAUAUCAGCGAAUCCUCUAUUAGGAGCGCUACCAGCCAUGGCACGUGAGACGCUAGCAGGAUCUACAAAAGAAAUAAUGAGACUAUCUGGAACCACCCUUUAUAAGGAGGGAUCACAGCCAACUGGUAUCUGGUUAUUGUCAAAUGGAGUGGUGAAGUGGUCAACUAAAGAUACAAGUACUAAGCACUUCCUGCACCCAACUUUUACUCAUGGGAGUACUCUGGGAUUAUAUGAAGUGCUCGCUGAAAAGCCCUACAUCUGCGACAUGGUUACCAACUCUGUGGUCAUGUGCUUCUUCGUUGAGACUGAAAAAAUACUCUCUGUACUGAGAUCUGAUCCUGCAGUUGAAGAUUUCUUUUGGCGGGAGAGUAUUAUUGUUAUCGUCAAAAUCAUGCUUCCUCGUGUGUUUGAGAAAAUGUCAAUGCAAGAUCUGCGAACACUUAUUGCUGAAAGAUCAAUAAUGAAUAUCUACAUCAGAGGGGAGAGUUUUGAAUUACUCCCUCAAUCUGUCGGUUUCCUAUUGGAAGGUUUCAUAAGAACGCAAGGUGGGCAAGAUGAGAUGCUUAAAGCUCCCGCAGCUAUUUUGCCACAUGUAGAUCAAAGUUUCUCCCAGUCAGAAACAUUAGGCGCCAGAGCAGGAAGUUUCUAUCAUCAAGUUUCAGUGUAUCAAGUUGAGACGAGGUCAAGGGUAAUCAUAUUUGACAUUGCGGGAUUUGAGGCUGGCAGAAGUCUUCAGAAGAGGUCGUCUUCUCUAAUAUCACAUUCGGCUGAAUGUCACUCUGGAUCUCUUGGUAGAGAGCGUAGUGGUCUCAUGAAUUGGCCUCAACCUCUUUUCAAUUCUUAUCGUCAUGAUGGGGAAGUUCCAGGUGAACAACACAACAAUUUGUCUGCAAGGGCAAUGCAGCUAAGCAUCUAUGGCAGCAUGAUAAACCUCCGAAGACGGCGUACUCGAAGUUUCCCAAGAAGUUCGAGGGUAAAGCCAGCUCACAGUCUCUCCUAUCCAAGAGUUCCUUCUGUUCCUACACAGCGUCCCAUGGUUACCGCUAAAUCAGAAGGGUCGACUACAUUGCGAAAGAAAUUUGACAUUCAAGAAUAUAAACGAGCAGGCAAUGCACCGGAACGCAAAGAGUUGCAUCGUGAUGAAAGCCAUGCAAGAAGGGAGGAGUCGAGUGAUGAUUCUGGGGGUGAGGAAGAACAUAUUGUGAGAAUCGAUUCACCAAGCAGACUGUCUUUCCGCCAAGCUCCGUGAAUCCUCAUCCUCGCUCUCGCCCUCGUCAUCCCUGGCUGUUACUUGCCACUAUGCCUCUGUUUAUAGGAUUUCCUAUGAAUACCGCAAACUAUAAGCUAAGUAAAGCUACAUUGUAGAGGAUGGGCCUAGCCUUGUAAUUUUGUCAUAAGAAGAUGUUGGUUGUUUGUUUAUAGGGAAUCAUGUUGACAAUACUGUUGCUGUUUAUGAUCACAUGUAAUGAAUAUACAUGUUGGAAAACCUUUAUUCUCCAA